AGGAGGACCCACAUGGGGAGGUAAAAGGAUGCAUACGAGACAAUGGUUGUGAAGAAAAGAAGGUGCACAUUAGACAGUCCUAUUGGCUGUGAGUGGGCCCCAGUAGGUUCACAAUCCUGGAUACGAGAGUGAAACCUGGUGAGAAAAGUAGGAAUGUCAGACAUUGACCGGUGGAUCAAUGUAUGGAGGGUAUAUGAGGACCAUACAGUCUGAGCAUUAUCCGGAAGAGGCUUCCCUCGCUUCUUCUCCUCUGGUUUCCUCUGAAAUUCGACUUCAUAUCUGAAUACAGACACUGCUGAAUUGUAGACAUUGAAGGCUCGGUCUCUGUUGCCACUCCUCGUUCUCUUUGCACGCUUCGCAGAGCAAUUGUGAGAACGAAGCUAGUCGUGCAGCAAUGGCUCCACGGAAGGUGAUGGAACCUGACACAAUUAACGAGAAUGUGAGGAAAACGAAUUAUGCUGUACGAGGAGAGAUCUACCUUCGCGCCUCUGAGCUGCAGAAGGAGGGAAAGAAGAUCAUUUUCACCAAUGUCGGCAAUCCACAUGCAUUGGGUCAAAAGCCUCUCACUUUUCCACGACAGGUGAUGGCUCUGUGCCAAGCUCCGUUCUUGAUGGACGACCCCAACGCAGGCAUGCUGUUUCCCCCGGAUGCCAUUGCGAGAGCGAAAAGCUAUCUCGCUAUGACAUCUGGUGGUGUAGGAGCUUACAGUGACUCGAGAGGGUUGCCCGGUGUACGUAAGGAAAUUGCAGAGUUUAUCCAGGAAAGGGACGGCUUUCCAAGUGACCCGGAACUCAUCUUCCUCACAGACGGUGCAAGCAAGGGAGUGCAGCAGGUGCUGAACGCACUUAUCAGAGGAGAGAAGGAUGGGGUGUUGGUGCCAAUUCCUCAGUAUCCACUUUAUUCAGCAUCAAUCACUCUCCUUGGAGGCACACUCGUACCAUACUACUUGAAUGAGGAAUCAAACUGGGGCCUAGAUGUUGUCGACUUGAGAGCGCAGGUGGCCGCUGCCAGGAAGAAAGGCAUCACUGUGCGAGGACUGGUGUUCAUCAACCCUGGAAACCCAACGGGUCAAUGUCUAACUGAGCAAAACCUGAGAGAGCUUAUUGAGCUCUGCUACACAGAGAGGCUGGUAUUGUUGGCCGAUGAGGUCUACCAGACCAACGUGUAUCAAGACCAGCGUCCCUUCGUCAGUGCAAAGAAGGUUCUAAAGGGCAUGGGCGGAAUCAUCAGCAGAGAGUUGGAGCUCGUCUCCUUCCAUACAGUCUCGAAGGGUUUCCUUGGGGAGUGUGGACAACGAGGUGGUUAUUUGGAAAUGACCAACAUUCACCCGCUGAUUGUGGAGGAACUGUAUAAGGUGGCAUCUAUUUCACUUAGUCCCAACAUUACCGGUCAAAUCAUGCUGGGUUUGAUGGUUAAACCGCCAAAACGAGGGGAUUAUUCUUACCAAAAGUAUAUCACUGAGAGCAAGGAAAUAUUGGAAUCUCUGAGAAGGCGGGCUCAUAUUAUGACGGAUGGAUUCAACAGCUGCAAGAACAUAGUAUGCAACUUCACUGAAGGUGCGAUGUAUUCCUUUCCUCGAGUGAUGUUGCCACCUGGAGCUAUUGCCGCUGCUAAGAAAGAAGGCAAGGCCCCGGAUGCGUACUACUGCUUGAAGCUUCUGGAGGCUACCGGAAUUUCAACUGUACCUGGAUCAGGCUUCGGUCAAAAAGACGGGUCUUUCCACAUGCGAACAACAAUAUUGCCAUCCGAAGAUGAAAUGCCAGCAAUGAUGGCUGCAUUCAAAAAGUUCAACGACGCGUUCAUGGCUGAGUACAGCAACCAAUACGUAUCUAAAUUGUAAACAUGAAACAAUAGUCUGUACAGCCAAGAUAGUAAUCAGGAAAAUCCUUAGAGGCCGAUCAUCGUUGUCUCUCGAGCUCUUUUCCAGGUUUAGGAUGCGAUCAUCGGUGGUUGAGUUAGACAUCUGCAGAUCCCAUCUGUGUAUAGUUGUGAAGUAAGUGGUAAAACGGUUUCUGUAUGCCUUAUGAAAUUAGAGGUUGUUGAAAACUACGAAGUUCAAUGUGUCCUCUUUCUCUCAUUUUCAAGAGACGUGCCACUAAUAGGUUGUAGAGUGGAAACUCUCUACGACCAUAGGAUUAAUAUUUGGAGUAAAACCGCAAUGGAAUUUCGUCAAUGCACA